AACUGUUUUGAAUGUACCUUUUUUUCUCACAUUUCAGCAAAUCCAGGGAAAAUAUAUUUCUAUUUUUGUAUUGGUUUGGAUUUAUUAAAAAGUGUAGACUGGGAACACUUGUGUGUGUGUGUGUGUGUGUGUGUGUGUGUGUGUGUGUUCUUGUUUUAAGGCUUCUUAUCUUUUUUUCUUCUUUUAUGAGAUCUUUGCUUAUUGGGGAGGGGGUUUGCAUACUCAGGACACUGUACACACAUGGAGUUCAGAGGUUUUCUCCCACCACACGGCUUUCAGGGAUUAGACUUAGGUCAGCAACCUUAAUGAUGGCACCUUUACUCACUGAGGCAUUUCUCCAGCCCUUGCUUUACUUUGAGUUUUUGUUCUAUAAUAAUCCAGACCUAUCACCGCUUCCCAGUGCUAAGUGUGUUGGGAGGCAGAAUUAGACUACCUAAUUCUGAAGGAAGCAGAGUCUCCCUCUUCCUGCUUUCAGCGCAGGCUCUGACCGUAACCAGAACUCGCAGUCAGUUCCUUGAAGUUGUACUUUGACCUUGGAAGGGUGGCCAGAUGUUUGAGGGUGGAUCUAUCACACUGGAAUCCCAGAAUGCCACAGAGAUUCCAGCUAAAGUGUCCUCAAGGGUCCGGCACAGUAAGAAUCAGGACACUUUUAAAAGAACGCCCGGUGGUAUGAAAAUAAAACCAGGGUGUUCACAGCUUCACCAAUCUCCAAUCUCCUGUAAGAUUCAAAAGAACAGAUGAGAGGCUAAAAUCCCAUGAUUCUAAACAUGAAGACUUCUGAUGGUUAAAUCUAAUUAACUGCUUUAAAUCACCGCCAGGAGCUUGGAUCCUGACUUCUGGCAGUAAUAGUCUGUGUAAAACUUCGAUCUAUAAUCACUCUCUCAAUGCCUGGAUGCACUAAUCAGAAACAUAAGACACUGAGAGAAAACCCUGAGAGAAAGAGACUUUAACAUUGACAAUUUACAAGGCGAGAGUCCUUUCCCCAUUUACAGCCUAAGAAGUAAUGUAAUAGCCACUGUAAAGAAAAAAUGACGAUGAACAGCACAUGUGUUGAAGAACAGCAUGACCUGGACCACUAUUUGUUCCCAGUGGUCUACAUAUUUGUGUUUAUAGUCAGCGUCCCAGCCAACAUCGGCUCUUUAUGUGUAUCUUUUCUGCAAGCGAAGAAGGAAAAUGAACUAGGAGUUUACCUCUUCAGUCUGUCACUGUCAGAUCUGCUGUAUGCGUUGACGCUGCCUCUCUGGAUAAACUACACUUGGAAUAAAGACAACUGGACGCUCUCUCCCACCUUGUGCAAAGGAAGCGUUUUCUUCACCUACCUGAACUUUUACAGCAGCACGGCCUUCCUCACUUGCAUUGCCUUGGACCGCUAUUUAGCAGUCGUCUACCCUCUAAGGUUUUCUUUUCUAAGAACAAGAAGAUUUGCAUUUAUCACCAGCCUGUCUAUCUGGAUAUUGGAAUCCGUCUUUAACUCCAUCCUUCUGUGGGAAGACGAAACAAGUGUCGAAUACUGUGAUGCAGAGAAAUCUAAUUUCACUCUCUGCUAUGACAAAUACCCUCUGGAGAAGUGGCAGAUAAACCUUAACCUGUUCAGGACUUUCCUGGGCUACGCAAUACCCUUGGUCACCAUCAUGAUCUGCAACCAUAAAGUCUACCGCGCCGUGAAGCACAACCAAGCUACGGAAAACAACGAAAGGAGACGGAUCAUAAAGCUGCUUGCCAGCAUCACGCUGACUUUCAUCUUAUGCUUUACCCCUUUCCACGUGAUGGUGCUCAUCCGCUGCAUUUUAGAGCGCAACGUGAACUUCAAUAACAAGACUGGAAAGCAGACAUUUACGGUGUACAGAAUCACAGUGGCCCUGACGAGUCUAAACUGUGUCGCCGAUCCAAUUCUCUACUGUUUCGUGACGGAAACCGGGAGAUCCGAUAUGUGGAACAUAUUAAAAGUGUGUGCUAGGAAGCGCAAUAGAUCCCGAGGACAAAAAAGAGACAUACUUUCUGUGUCCACAAGAGAUACCAUAGAACUGGAGAUUAUAGAAUAAAAAGUAGAGGCCGGUUAAGUUACAUGAUAUUAUCUAAUAAAAAUUAUACUUUGGAAAAGAAAUCCGGCAUAGGGCAAUCAAGUGCGAAUACUUUAGUCUACCCCCGUGGAGAUAUUUUGAAGGUGCAUUGUACGACUCCUGUCCUGACUUUAUUAAGUAAGGUACAAAAAUGUAUUCUUUUGUAUGUAUUCUAAUGAUCAGACAUCAUCAUUUCAGUACCAGGUCUCUUUGUCUCUGUGCUAUAACCUCCAAGAAGCAUGUAGGAUGGUACAUCGGGGGCCAUUCUAUCUGAUGGUUAGGAUUCCUUUCGUUGUUGCUGUCUUCGGAUUUUCAGUUUUAUCAUCUGUAUAAACCUGUCUUCAACAAGGUAACUGCUAAAGACUCCUAACCACAUUCAUUAACAAAUAUUUGAAGCCAUUCCAUGAACUGGGAUUUUCCAUUGAGUACUUACUUGGGUUAUAAAAGAAAUGUUCUCAUGAACUUUGAUGUUUACAUACAUUUGGAGAUCUAGUCACCACAUCACAUAAAGUAAAAGUAAAUGG